AUGCCCCUGGUUCGUCCUGCUUCCCAUGCCGGAUCGUGGUAUAUUGGCAGUGGUUCAAGAUUAAAUGCCCAACUAGACAAGUUUCUAGCUUCAACAGCCUUUGACCAAAGCACUAUUGGUGCCAGAGUUAUCAUAGGUCCUCAUGCUGGAUACACUUAUUCUGGCUCCACUCUAGCUGAAGCCUACAAGAGUUGGGAUACUUCAAAGGUCAAAAGAAUCUUCAUCUUAGGCCCCUCUCAUUACGUCUAUUUCAAAAACUAUGUUCUAACUACUAAAUUUGAUUACUAUGAGACUCCAAUGGGGAAUUUGCCAGUAGAUACAGAAAUCAUUGAUCAAUUAACUUUAAAUGAAUCCUCUAGCAAAAUCAUUAGAAAAAUGAGCUUUGAAAAUGAUGAAGAAGAACAUUCGUUUGAAUUACAUGCUCCCUAUAUUUACAAAAUGGCAAAGGAUUUGCCCCAAGGUAUCCCAAAGAUUAUCCCCAUUAUGGUUUGCUCCUUGGAUGAUUCAACAGAACUUAAAAUUGCAAAAAUCCUAUCAAAAUAUAUUAGUGAUGAGGAAACUUCGUUCAUUAUUAGUAGUGAUUUUUGCCAUUGGGGCUCCAGAUUCGAUUACACUAUUUACUCCCCAACAAAAUCCUUAAAAAAUCUAAAAGAAUUAUCCACUAGAAAUUACUUAAGCUACUUGGAACCUUCUAUUCCAAUUUACAAAAGCAUUGAAUUUCUAGAUAGAGAAGCUAUGAAGGUUUUGUCAAAGGGCGCUUACAAUGAUUGGAAACAAUAUAUUAAAUUGACUGGAAAUACCAUUUGUGGUCAAAAGCCAAUUGCAAUUAUAUUGAAAGCAAUUGAAAACUAUAAAAGUGCUAAUAAAAUUUCACUUAAUAGUAAAGGACCUUUAUUUAAUUUCCUUGGUUACAGACAAAGCAGUCAUGUUAGAAGUUUUUCUGAUAGUAGUGUUAGCUAUGCAAGUGCCUAUGCCAUUAUCUAA